GUGUGUGAAGAUCAACGAGGAGUUUCAUCAUCUUCCGACAGAAACCCUGUAGUUGAAGGAAGGUGAUUCAGUAACGAUAUGUCUCACAUCGCUGUUGAGAGGAACAGAAGACGGCAGAUGAACGACCAUCUCAAAGUUCUUCGUUCUUUGACCCCUUGCUUCUAUAUCAAAAGGGGAGAUCAAGCAUCGAUAAUCGCAGGAGUGAUAGAUUUCAUCCAAGAAUUGCACCAACUCGUGCAAGUUCUCGAGUCCAAGAAACGAAGAAAAACACUAAGCCCUACGUUUCAUCACAGUCACCAGAUCGAUCAGUCCACGGCCAUGGUCGUCAGACCACCCUUCGCCCAGAUCGAGAACAUCAACACGACAAGCUUCAAGGAACUAGGCGCGUGUUGCAACUCUCCCCAUGCUGACGUGGAAGCUAAGAUCUCGGGGUCGAAUGUUGUCUUGAGAGUUGUCUCCUUGAGAAUCCCAGGUCAGCUCGUGAAGAUCAUCGCUGUCUUGGAGAAGCUCUCCUUUCAGGUUCUUCACCUCAACAUCAGUAGCAUGGAGGAUACCGUCUUGUAUUUCUUCAUCGUCAAGAUAGGAUUGGAGUGUCGCCUCAGUUUGGAGGAAUUGGCUCUUGAAGUUCAGAAAACCUUUGCGCCAGAAGCAAUCUCCAGUUAAAUCCACAAUCGCAUCUCUUAUGGAUAUGCUUACGGAUCAUCAUAUAACCUAAGUCUCCUUCAAUUAAUAGACAUACAUAUAUAUAUAUAUAUAAGACCGUCAUCUUGUUAGAUAUAUUUCCUAUGUUUUGUAAUAUCAAAGGUUUUCAGAUUAACGAGUUGUACGAAUUUGA